CUCGCCGUUCCCCUCCGGCCGCCAGUACCGAAAACGGUUCUCUUAUCAAAGAAACAGCUGCACAGAACUGCGUCCAAACACCGCUUUCAGACAUGGGCACUGCUGGCUUUUCCUGGGACUUCUGUUUGCUUUUCGUCCUCAUAAAUACUUGCGGUGUGACGGGAAACGCCGGACUUGCAGAUGCAGAUGAGUGCUCCGAGGCCACAGAUGACUGUCACAUUGAUGCCCUCUGCCAGAAUACGCCCAAGUCCUACAAGUGCAUUUGCAAGCCAGGUUACAAGGGUGAUGGCAAGCAGUGUGAAGAUAUGGACGAAUGUGACAACGACUACACGGGGGGCUGCGUGCACGAGUGCAUCAACAUUCCGGGCAACUACAGGUGCACGUGCUACGAUGGUUUCAUGCUCGCCCACGACGGACACAACUGCCUAGAUGUGGACGAGUGCCUGGAUAACAACGGCGGCUGCCAGCAGAUCUGCGUCAACACCAUGGGCAGCUACGAGUGCCAGUGCAAGGAGGGCUUCUUCCUGAGUGACAACCAGCACACCUGCAUCCACCGCUCUGACGAUGGGAUGAACUGCAUGAACAAGGACCAUGGCUGCGCCCACAUCUGCAGGGAGACGCCCAAGGGAGGCCCGGCAUGUGAAUGCCGUCCUGGGUUCGAGCUAGCGAAGAACCAGAGGGACUGCAUAUUGACAUGUAACUAUGGAAACGGAGGCUGCCAGCACAACUGUGAAGACACAGAUACGGGGCCCGUGUGCGAUUGCCACCAAAAGUAUGUUCUCCACUCAGACAGCAAAACCUGCAUUGAAACCUGUGCAGUGAACAACGGCGGGUGUGACAUCACUUGCAAGGACACAGCCACCGGGGUCCGCUGCAGCUGUCCUGUGGGCUUCACCCUGCAGCCUGACGGGAAAACCUGCAAAGAUAUCGAUGAGUGCCAGGAGAACAACGGUGGCUGUGAUCACUUCUGCAGGAAUACGGUGGGCAGCUUCGAAUGCAGUUGCCAGAAGGGCUACAAGCUGCUGACGGACGAGCGGAGCUGCCAGGACAUCGACGAGUGCUCCUUCGAGAGGACCUGCGACCACACGUGCAUCAACUACCCGGGCAGCUUUGAGUGUGUCUGCCAGAAAGGCUACACACUGUAUGGGCUCACUCACUGCGGGGAUAUCGACGAGUGCAGCAUCAACAACGGCAGCUGCGAGUACGGAUGUGUGAACAGCCAGGGCGGCUACGAGUGUGUGUGUCCACCUGGGCAGAAGCUGCACUGGAACAAGAAGGACUGUGUUGAGGCGGUGAAGUGUCUCCCCAACGGAAAGCCCACCCCCAAGGCCCAGCUGAGCUGCGUGAAGACGGGCGGUGCGGAGAUGUGCUCGCUUUCCUGCCCGUCCAACGCCCUCUUUGUCGCAGACUCUGAACACAGCUACUCCCUCAGCUGUGGUGUCCCAGUGCAUCCUGGGAAAGCACCGCCGAAAAGGAACGCCACUUCUGGACUGCUGAGUUGCCCAGACACGAUUGCGCCACCCAUUAAGCAGAAGGCGCGAUUCAAGAUCAAGGAUGCCAAGUGUCACCUGAGACCUCGCAACAAGGAGAAGUUCAGAGACACCUCCAAGCAGGUCCUGCAAGGAGGCCAAUUCCCCUGCACAGAUGAUUGCCAGGUGACAUUUGUGAACCUCAAAUGCGACUCAUCCAAAAAGCGCCGGCGAGGUCGCAAAUCACCCUCCAAGGAGGUGUCUCACAUCACGGCAGAAUUUGAGAUGGAGAUGAAGGAAGAGGAGGCCUCAGACUCAUGUGACAUGGACUGUGUGAGGGAGAAAAUGAAGCAGAAGCUGCAGAACGCCAUGAGGACCCUCAGGAAGUCCAUUAACAAGCAACAGUUCUACAUUCACUUCUCGGGCACCGAGUAUGAGGUGGCCCAGAAGCCUGCCAGGGUUCCAGAGAACCAGGAGACUUGCAGCACGGGCCAAGUCCUGCGGGACGGCAAGUGUACCAGCUGCAACGUGGGAACCUUUUACAGCGGUGAGCAGGAGCAGUGUGUGCAGUGUCCCCCGGGCACCUACCAGGACAGGGUGGGCCAGCUGUCCUGCGAGCCUUGUCCCAGCACUGAGGGCCAGGGCAUCGCCGGCGCCAAGAACGUGUCCGAGUGCGGAGGUCAGUGUCCCCCAGGUCAUUUCUCCUCGGAUGGCUUCCGGCCGUGUCAGCCGUGCCCCCUGGGUACGUUCCAGCCAGAGCCCGGGCGAGUCCUCUGCUUCCCCUGUGGAGGGGGGCUCAUGACCAAGUAUGAAGGGGCCGUGUCCUUCAGAGACUGCGAAGCCAAAGUGCACUGUGCUCCCGGGCACCACUACAAUUCCACCACUCACCGCUGCAUCCGCUGCCCGGUUGGGACGUACCAGUCCGAGUUUGGCCAGAACUACUGCAUCACCUGCCCUGGGAACACGACCACAGACUUUGACGGAGCCACGAAUGUCUCGCACUGCAAAAACCAGAUGUGUGGUGGCGAGUUGGGGGACUACACAGGCUACAUUGAGUCUCCUAACUACCCCGGUGACUACCCCUCCAACGUGGACUGUGUCUGGAACAUCAACCCUCCUCAAAAGAGACGCAUCCUCAUUGUUGUGCCGGAGAUAUUUCUCCCUAUUGAGGACGAGUGCGGGGACGUGCUGGUCAUGAGGAAGAGCGCUCUUCCAACAUCCAUCACCACCUACGAGACCUGCCAGACCUAUGAGAGGCCCAUUGCUUUCACCUCCCGCUCCCGCAAGCUCUGGAUCCAGUUCAAGUCCAAUGAGGGCAACAGCGGCAAAGGUUUCCAGGUGCCCUACGUCACGUACGAUGAGGAUUACCAGCAACUAAUAGAGGAUAUUGUUCGAGAUGGACGGCUGUAUGCUUCAGAGAAUCACCAAGAGAUAUUAAAAGACAAGAAGCUGAUCAAGGCCCUGUUCGAUGUGCUUGCCCACCCUCAGAACUACUUCAAGUACACAGCCCAGGAGUCCAAGGAGAUGUUCCCUCGGUCCUUCAUUAAGCUGCUUCGCUCCAAAGUCUCCAGGUUUCUACGGCCGUACAAAUAGUCUGGCUCUGCCACGCCCACUUUUCUUCCCAAGCUCCCCUUCGGUACCCCGGUCAUCCCCUAAACCCACCGUUCCUACCGACUCCUACUCACAUUUCCACCCAGGAAGAACAGCAAAAUCCCAAAUGCUCUUUUUCUGUAUUUAAUUUGCAGUCCUUGUUUUGACCUUAAACAUAUUUCAUAUACUCCAUUUUUGCCAACAGAUAUUUAUAUGUGCUAGAAUUUGCGGAAGCCUGCAUCAUGGAUGUUCUAUAUGUAUAUGUGUAUGUGUGUACAUAUAUGUAAGUGUUUGAAUGUACGUGUGCCGUAUGCAUGUGUACAUCCAGACACGCAUAUAUAGAUAUAUUUUUAUUUCAUUUAUUUUUUUUAUAAGA